AAAACAAACACCUGUCCUGCCCCAAUCAAGGUAAAAGAGAGAGACCUCGAGUCACCCGUACACUUCCCAGGAGACUUACGCAGCGCCAUGAUGACUGCCUUACCUCGCCUCACCCUCUCCCUUCUGCUAGCGACCUCCUGCUGCCUCCUGGUCUUUGGGAGCGCUCCCAAUCCCAGCCCCAGGAUCACCGAGUCUCUCUACCUCACCAACGGGCUCGACUUGGGCGAUUGGGGCAUAGGGGAAUUCUGCGAGACCGGGAGCUUCGUCGCCUACGUGGAAACCUUGUUUGAGCCCUACUCCGCCCUGCACACUGACGAGACAGCCCUCAACGCCCUGAUGAUGUAUUGCGUUGACCUCGAGACGGGACGCGCAACAGGACACAUCACAUCCACCGCGGGAGAGAAAGGAGAACUACAGGAGCUGCUGGCAUGCCCAACUGGCUUCAUCACAGGGGUCAGGGCAAGGGUGCUGGAGUCACAGGGAGCCUUUGGCGACGACGUGGCCGUACAGAACUUCCAGUUUGAGUGUGACAGCAACAGCACCAUCAUUACAGGACAGGAAGAGGACACUAAGAUCCCCUCGGGCGGGUGGGGUAUCUGGGCUACCUGCCCCGAUGGCUCUGCUGUCUGCGGCAUGCAGACUCGCUUCGACGAACCUGACCUCUAUGUUGAUGACGCGGCCAUUUCUGAUGCCAUUUUUUACUGCUGUGCCCUCUGACCCGCACGCACCAACUUAGGGUACGGUUGAGGCCAGACAAGCCCAGACAUCCAUUUAAACCUUAUAUAUGAACCAAUGAGUGUCUGUCUAUCAAACGCCUUCCCAUUGGAUACAAGUGUUUAAAUACACAAUUCAAGUGUUAUCGUCAAUAAAUUAUCUAUAUGUAUACUUGACUUAACCAUAGAGUAAUCAAAUCAAAUCAAAUUAAACCUUUUUUUUUUUUACGUGUCAGCCUUUAGCACCGGUAGGCUUUCUUGAGGGGCUGGAUGGGAUGGAUGUUUGAAAAUUAAUAAAUUUCGAUAUCAUUGA